AUUCGUUACCAAAUUUAAAAUGAAAGGAAAAUUGGUUCGUGGCAUAAACAUUUUAUUCUGCCUUCUAUUAAAAGAAACUGUGACACAAUACAAUAGUCCAGUCUUCAGUGAAAUGCAACAAUUCCUGUAUAAUCCGAACCCAAGCCUGCCAAAUAUAUUUCAACAAUACCCUAACCAAGAGUAUGUUGACAAUAAAAGGAAUUUCAACUAUGAAGAAUAUAAUGAUUACAUGGAAGAUAAUACUUGCUCAUGUGACGAUUGUGAUAAUCUAAAACCAUCUUGCCGAAAUAUGUGUCCUAAUUGCGCUGUACCUUCAUCCUUUCCGGUUCCUGGCUAUGUAUUUUUACCGUACCCUUAUCCUUAUCUUAUGACGUCUAAACCUGCUAGUCGUUUUAAAAAAUCAACGAAAACAUCACAUACAGUUACAUCUACAAUAAAAACUACAUGUGAAGCGACAACCCAAAAAACGACUAAGGAAGUUGAACUUCAGAAUGAAGAUCGAACUAAUAUAGCUUUAAUUGACAAAUUAGAUAAUUCGAAAGUGCCUGAUGUCAUCUCUAAGCCACUCCAAGUAAAAGAUAAAAGUCAAUAUAUGAUGACGGCAUUAAGGCGAACUAAGCCUAAUUGGGUACCCAAGUAUGGAAUACUGCCAAUUUCUGAUCAAUUUGCGGAGAAAUUGAUGUUACAACUAAGAAGCAUGAAGCUGCUGCAUCCACGUAAAGAUUAUUUACGAGAUGUUGAUAAUAUCAAACUUGUUAAUUAUUAA